UCCACUCUGAUACCUUGCCAGGUGUACUCAAUAUGAGGUCUCACCUAUUCAGUUAACAAUGUGUCAUAAGCAAUAAUGUAGAUAGUCGUGUAAUUGCGACCACGAAUACGCCAAAAUGGAAAUUACUCUUGUCGGACUCGUUUUACUAUUUUUAUACGAUUCUAGUCAGUCAGUAGAACUUACAGCGCAUUUAUCUGAAAAUGGUUUGCACGGGUUUGUCACAUUCUCUGAAGAAAGCGGAAAUAUACACAUUGGAAUGAAACUGGAUACGCAUUCCAGCUGGAAAUGGAGUGUAAGGGAGCUCCCGAUUGAUUAUUCCCAACUUGAAAACAGAUGCCAAGAAAGCAGACUUGGCCCUGUUAUUCUAGAUCUCACAUCUAUGUUCGGCGAGCUUACAAACAUCAGUCAAUCAAUAUCAACACGUAAUGAUCAGGUACCGUUGACAGGAAAGAGCGGUAUCUGGUCAAGAUCUCUUCUUCUUCAGUCUUCCGCUGGUCAACGGGCUUGUGCAACGAUUGUGGCAAGUGGAAACAGCAGUGUUAAAGUUGCGGAAGCACACUUUGCUGGAGAAAACGACAUUAGUGGUCGUAUCCUUAUUGAGUGGUUUGGAAGCAGCUCAGCCUCUGAUGCUGUUUUUUACACAGACCUUUAUCAUGCGAAGAAAAGGUUGGCUACUGAACACGAUUGGCGAAUCUACACGACAGACAUCCUCGAGUCAGAAGCAGAUAAGGCAAAAGCUGAUUGCAACUCGCUCCAAGUAAUUCUGAUGGAGUUAACAACGAGGGUUGGAAAAGUAAGGGUAGGAGAAAGGAUGCUCAUAAGGGAUUCUGAUCUUCCUCAUACAGACAUCGGAAACCCCAAAAGAAUCCAUUACAUUGUCAUUAUGGACAACAUUCAUCCCGAGACAUUUUUAAACUGUGCCCGGAUAAUCCCAAAGCCACCAACUCUUUUAAAGGCAGUGAUACGUGCACAUGGAGUGACUGGAAGUAUAAGCUUGCAGCAAGAAUCGCAGCUCACACCGACAAGAGUGUUUCUUAAUGUGACAAAAGUGAAUGAUCCAGUUCUUGGCGGUUUUCGAAUACACACCCUGCCUGCUAUGCCGCCUCUUGAUAACUCACCGAAAUUGGACAAGUGCAAGGAUAUUGGAGAUGUUUACAAUCCAUUGGAAAAGGGACUCGGAGCCGAUGCACCGAUAUCAGCUGAACACAGUCAAGAUAAUUAUGCAUUGGGAGAUUUGAGUGGAAAAUUAGGUUAUGCUGGUGAAAGAGAGUGGGAUGUUUUUCUACCGUUGACUGGAAAGUACAGUGUCGCACAUCGAUCUCUAGUCAUUUAUAGAAAUGGUGAAUCAGGAAUAGAAGAGCCAUGGAUAUGCGUAACAUUGACUAGAUAUAAAGCAACUCAACCUGAAUACAAAAUGCCAGUGGUAACUGCUGAAGUUACAUUUAGAUAUCCGAUUGUCGGUCGUAUUAUAUUUCAACAGCCAGAUCCAUUUGGUGAAACGACAAUUUUAGUUGAAAGAUUGGUCCAUGCCGAUGGCACUUCACUCAAUACGACCAAGGAACACAGAUGGGGCAUUCAUUUAAAACCACCAGGGAAAGAUUUUUUCAACUGGACGGCCCGAUGUGUGUCUGCAGGGCCUGCUUUCAACCCAACGAAGGUUAAUCCAAAUGUAAGUGCAGAAUCUGUAAUCGGCGAUCUAACUUCACGUUUAGGAAACCUUGUCAUUGCCGGUGCGAAGAAGUUACAGAGAGAAAGCAGGUUCUUAUUCACAGAUGAUAGGCUCCCGCUCACUGGGCAUAAUUCCAUCAUGGGGAAGUCAGUCAUUAUCUUCGACGACCAUGGGCCUAAAGCCAGGGGGGACCGUCUCGCCUGUUCCAAAGUGAUGGGUGUGUUUCGGAGGAAGGCUGUCGCAAGAGAUUGGUUCGGAAAUGGCUUUAUGGCCAGCGUCAGCGGAAAAAUUGAGUUUUACCAACAAACCGCUUAUGGCUUGACUGACAUCGACAUAAACCUCCAAGGGCUUCAGGACAUAAGUGACUUCCAAAUUCACAUGACACCUGUACUAGAAAUUCUCGAAUUCCCUUGCCAACAAAACACCCUGUAUGAGGUCUACAACCCAUUUAACGCACCGUCUUCGCUUCAAGGCGGGACCCCAGAUCAGUUGAGGGUCGGAGAUUUGAGUGGAAAGUUCGGCACACUCUCAGGUCACAUGUCAGUCAAAGAAAUCGGUUUUAAUGACACAAAUUUAAUGCUUUUUGGCCAAACAUCCAUCAUCGGACGAUCGUUAGUUUUAUACACAAAAACACACAACAAGAGAUGGGCCUGUUCAUCAAUUGAAAGAGGAUAUGCCCCAUCUGAAGCAAGAGAACUCAGAGCUAUUGCUUCUUUUCAUCAUCCACUUGGAUUUGCGUAUGGCUAUAUGAGAAUGACACAACUUAUUCAUAUUGAUGGAAGCAGCAGUGAUACUGUUAUAGAAGUUAAUGUCCGGCAUCCUGGAAAGCACGAUCGGAAUGUUACUUUCAACCACAACUGGGCCAUUUAUGUCAAUUCGAUCGGUGUAGAUGCCACGGUUAAGGUGUUGAACACAAGGUGUACAGCAGCCGGGUAUAUCUGGAACCCUUACUACACCCAACUAGCUGAUCCUUUAAAUGAAGAUCUGUAUAAACAGGAAUGCGGAUCAGAUUUGCCUCUGAGGUGCUAUGUUGGCGAUCUUUCAGGAAGGCUUGGCCCUAUCAAUUUGGGCACUGGGAGAAAAGUUUUCACCGAUGCUAAUUUCCCAUUAGAGGGAAAAACAUCAGCAUUAGGUCGGUCAAUCGUUAUUUUCGACAAAGACGGAGGUCAUGACAAAUAUGCUUGCGCCAACAUCGAGCCGGACUAUUACACUGUAAAAUAUGUCAAUGUGAGAAGACCCCCGAAAUUUGUCGUAUCUCAGUUCCUCGAAGAUGUGCGGAACGUUAUGGGAAUCCCUGAAUGGUAUUUGACCAUAGAUUCGAGAAAAACUAACAUACUCUACAAUGGAGCUUGCAUACAGCUUUUAAUACAUUUCAAAGGACCAAAUGCAAACAAAUUAGAACAGGAUUUUAGCCGGCUGCUAUCAACGGGGAAACUCGCUCAGCCCAGCCUCUACAUCCCGGGAUACGUCACCCCAAAAAGUCGUCGUUCGUCAAUUUCUUACAAGCUUUGUUCAACUUCUCCUGAAGAGAGAAAGUUCCAGUUUAAAUCCAAGUCAUCGUCAUCGACCAUGAUAAAACCGACAUUAUUAACUGUGUUCUUCGUAUUUCUGUUGAGUCGUUUUUGAACUUUAUUGAUUGCCUUUCUGCAAGACUGCCAGUUUUCUACGAUAAUUUAGCUUAGUUUAAAAUCGCUGUUAUUAAGGGUUUUUUUUUUUUACCAUAAAUAAUUUAAUGUUGUUGGAUU